GAGUUAAUGUCGGGCUGCUGCCGUUUACUGCUUUGUAGCUGGCUUGUUGCGUGAAACAUUAUCGUUUGAUUCCAACAUGAGCGCACGAGGAGGCACCCCUUAUAUCGGCAGUAAAAUAAGUCUGAUCUCCAUGGCUCAGAUCCGGUAUGAAGGAAUACUGUCCUCUGUGGACACGGAGAGGUCCACUGUCGCUUUAGCUAAAGUGAAAUCCUAUGGUACAGAAGACCGGCACACAGACAGACCAGUGCCACCCAAGGAUGAAAUCUAUGAAUAUAUAAUCUUCAGAGGAAGUGACAUCAAAGAUAUUACUGUCUCUGAACCUCCCAAACCCCACCACGGACUGCCUCGUGACCCUGCAAUAGUUCAGUCAUCCAUGGGCCCCUCUGUGCCCUACCACCCACGCUGGACUCCCUACAGAGACGUGAUGCCCACAUUUAACCAGCUUGCCGCCAGCUCUCUACUCAGCCAGCAGUACAACGCAGCGCUGGGCCUAAUACCAGGACCUCAUGGUCCAGCCAGAAGGGCCCCCAUGGUGGAGCAGGCUGUUCAGACGGUGCCUUUGGUCACGGCUGCACAGAAGAAGGGGAAGCCUUCGCCCCAGCCGCAGAGCAGGCAGCCCGCUCGCCCGUCACAGCGCUCGGCUCCAGAUGCUUCUCCGGCUGAGAAGAACGUACCCACUAGUCAUGCACCGUCUCAGCCAGCUGUUACGAAGACUCCAGGCCGAGGUGCUGACAACCAGAAAACGAAACAAAAACAAGGGAACCGCAGACCCAGGACCAGGAGCAGAGGCCAACUUCUUGGAAAAACAUCCAAGGCAACAACUUUGGAGUUUGAUUCAGAUUUUGAUUUUGAAACUGCAAAUGCUCGGUUUAAAGAUGACCUGAUAAAGGAGACUGAAUCAGGUGAGAAGGUGAACUCUGGGGAUGCCCAGGCCAACCAUGGUGUACGAGAGGAGCCCGUUCACAUAGAGAAAUACUACGACAAAGCUAAGUGCUUCUAUGACAACAUAUCUUCAGAUCUUAAGCCCAGGAGAACCACCUGGGCAGAGGAGAAAAAGUUGAACAUUGAAACAUUUGGAGUGCCUGGUCGCUUCCUGAGAGGAAGAGGAUUGAGAAGUCGUGGACGAAGAACCACUGAGCAGAGACCACUUCCAAAGAUUGGUAGUGGGAGAGUGUGAAGCAUUUUUGUUGUCAAUGCUACUGUAAAUAUUUUUUUUAUUUUAUUUGAAUUAUCUCCCUCAUUCAAAGCUUUUAGUUUUUGAAGUCCCAAAUGUGAAUUUAAGGGUUUAACUUUGAAUUGUUGACAUGAAAUGGGAGGGUAUAUUUCUUUUAAAUCCAGCAGCUGUGCACUUACAGCAAUGUCUUCAUUAAUGGUUGGUCUGGACGUCUGUAGUACAAGUCUAUACAACAGUAGUGCUUUUGUUUUCCUGAAUAUAUUGACAUGUCUACUUGACUAUCUGACUUAACUCAGAAAUGGUUAGAUCAAAUUCAAAGUUCAGUGAGCAUGGUUUUAUUUUCUCAAAUUGUAAAACUUAAAAUGGAACAAUGUGUACAGUUGCUAUUAAAUGGCAUGUUGCCUUCA